CACACACGGAGAGCCAUGGUGUCCUCCUCGCACUCGCAGUCCGGCGGCGACGGGUGCACGGCGGCGGCGGUGCGGGAGGUGGCGACGGCGCGGUUCGCGCGGCAGGUGGUGCUGGGGCGGUGGUUCAUGGUGUUUGCCUGCCUGCUCAUCCUCUCGGCGUCGGGGGCCACCUACAUCUUCGGGCUCUACUCCAAGGUGCUCAAGUCCGCCCUCGGCUACGACCAGCAGACCCUCAACACCUUCGCCUUCUUCAAGGACCUGGGCGCCAACGUCGGCGUCCUCUCCGGGCUCAUCAACGAGGUCACCCCUCCCUGGGUCGUGCUCGCCAUGGGCGCCGCCAUGAACCUCGUCGGCUACCUCAUGAUCUACCUCGCCAUCGACGGCCGCACGUCCCGCCCGCCCGUCUGGCUCAUGUGUGUCUACAUCUGCGUCGGCGCCAACUCGCAGUCCUUCGCCAACACCGGCGCGCUCGUCACCUGCGUCAAGAACUUCCCGGAGAGCCGCGGCGUCGUGCUGGGCCUGCUCAAGGGCUUCGUCGGCCUCAGCGGCGCCAUCUUCACCCAGCUCUACAUCGCCAUCUACGGCGACGACGCCAAGUCGCUCGUGCUGCUCGUCGCAUGGCUCCCCGCCGCCGUCUCCAUCCUCUUCGUCCACACCGUGCGCAUCAUGCCGCACCGCCCCGUCCGCCGCGGCCAAGACGAGACGGCCGCCACCAGCAACGACCCCUUCUACUGCUUCCUCUACAUCUCCAUGGCGCUCGCCACGUACGUGCUCGUCAUGAUCGUGGUGCAGAACCAGAUGGAGCUCUCGCACCCGGCGCUCGUCGUGUCGGCCACCGCGCUCAUGCUCAUCCUCCUCCUCCCCCUCGCCGUCGUCGUCAAGCAGGAGUACAGGAUCAAGCGUGAGCUCGAGGAGUCCCUCCUCGUGCCCCCGACGGUGACCGUCGAGAAGCCGCCAGCCGCACCGCUGCAAAUGGCCGCCAAAGCAGAAACAGAGGAGGCGCCCGCCACAAAAGCAGAGGACGCAACGUCGGCUUCGACGCCGGCUUCCGGCGGCUGCUUCGGGUCAUGCCUAAAAGGGAUGUUCAGCCCGCCGGCGCAGGGGGAGGACUACACGAUCCUGCAGGCGCUGGUGAGCGUGGACAUGCUGGUGCUGUUCCUGGCGACCAUCUGCGGCGUGGGGGGCACGCUGACGGCGAUCGACAACAUGGGGCAGAUCGGGCAGUCCCUGGGGUACCCGGCCAAGAGCAUCAAGACCUUCAUCUCCCUCAUCAGCAUCUGGAACUACGCCGGCAGGGUGACGGCCGGGUUCGCGUCGGAGGCGGUGCUGGCGCGGUACAAGUUCCCGCGCCCGCUCAUGCUCACCCUGGUGCUCCUCCUGGCCUGCGUCGGCCACCUGCUCAUCGCCUUCGGCGUGCCGCAGUCGCUCUACGCGGCGUCGGUGGUCAUCGGGUUCUGCUUCGGGGCGCAGUGGCCGCUGCUCUUCGCCAUCAUCUCCGAGGUGUUCGGGCUCAAGUACUACUCCACGCUCUACAACUUCGGAUCCGUGGCAAGCCCCAUCGGCGCAUACGCGCUCAACGUGCGCGUCGCGGGGUACCUCUACGACGUGGAGGCCGCCAGGCAGCACGGCGGCACGCUCGACGGCGCCGGCGACAAGACCUGCAUCGGCGUGCAGUGCUUCAAGCUCGCCUUCCUCAUCAUCACCGCCGCCACCGUCGCCGGCGCGCUCGUCUCGCUCGUGCUCGUCUGGCGCACCCGCAAGUUCUACCGCAGCGACAUCUACGCAAAGUUCAGGGACGCCGACGGCGAGUCAAGUGCGGUCAACGGGAGGAAGGAGUAGUGCAGUGGUUGACUCGAUCAAGUCCGGUCAACCGGGGGAAGGAGCUGCGGGUUAAUUACUGCAGGAGCUUCACUUAACUACUGCCUAGUCUCCGUAACUGUUUAGUAGUGGCCGUCUGUUUUUUACUUUUUACAGAUACAGAGGUGCUGGUCUUUUUUUUUUUUUGCUGUUGUAUGCAUAAGUAGCUGUCAGUGGCGUGUUGCAAGGAAGGCGACUGAAUUAAGUAGUAGCAGUUGAUCGGAGGUCCCGUUGAUAUCGACGUGUAAACUUGCUAAAAACAUUUACCUGACGCUGCUUGAUUAGCUCAUUAUGAA